UGGGCUUGUGAUCAUUGCCACAUAUUGCCACACUGCGUUCAGCGUCAUGGCGUUCGGGGACACGGCCUUUCACCGGCAUUUGAUGGCGCUCAGCGCGGAAUAUGAACGCCUUAUCUCUGAGAACGAAGCGUUGCGAAGAGGCCCCAGCACUCCAAACGGACCACUCUACACCUUGCUGCAGGAGGACAGCACUCCUCCCUUGCAGCCUUUAACGGCGUUUGUCGUGGAGAAGAAAAAGAUUGACUUGUUGGAGCUGCCCUGUGUGCCCGAUGAACCAGGAGAAGUGAACGAAGAUGGCGAAUCGCCAAAGAGAUCAUCAAGGGUCUCCAGGAAUACGAGACGCCAACGUUCCACCGUGGUCCAGGCUGCUGAAGAAGAGGAAGCUGAAGAUUCGUCGACCUUCUUGCUGAUGUUGGAUGUGAUUCCGGCAUGUGUCAUCAUGCGGAGUGCAGCAGUUGCUGGUGCAUCUGCAGACCUUGAACCCGAACAUGUUGUUUGGCGGAUCUUUGAGAUUAGCUUCACGGUUUUCUUCAUAGGGGAAAUCAUUGUCAAGAUGCGAGUCUUCGGAGCAAAGGACUAUCUCUUCGGUGCAGACUGGUACUGGAGCUGGUUUGAUAUACUAUGUGUGGCUCUAGCAAUUGUCGAUAUUGGCAUUACGGAGAUCAGUUCCGCCACUUCAGCUGGGGGUGAGGGUGCAGACACUGGAGCAAUGAGUUCAUUGAAGAUGUUGAAGUUGGCACGCUUGGGACGGAUUGUGCGGCUGUUGAAGUUCAAGAUCUUUACAGAGCUGAAGCUCAUGAUUCAGGGUGUUUUCACCGGACUUCGUGUGCUCUUUUGGGCUGUGGUGCUUCUCUUUUUGGUUUUGUACCUGCUCGGCGUGGUCUCCCGGACGCUCUUUGGAAACGCGGAAGGUUUCAAUGAGUUCAGCACUGUCUCCGCGGCAAUGUUCACCUGCUUCCGAUGCUUUACUGACGGAUGUUCCUCAGAGUAUGGCAUGCCCUUGCAGGAGCAGUUGCGAAGGAAGUUUGGCGCGCCUUUCUUAUUUAUCUACAUGCUUCUCUUCCUUUUUGUCACCAUUGGCAUUUUCAAUCUGAUUAUGGCAGUGUUCAUUGACAACGUCGCGGAUGGAAGCACAAAGAAGCGGCAACGCUUGUUAGGUCAAAAUGCUUCAAAGACAGCUUGGCUUAUUUCCUCGGCUUUGCGGCACAUUAUCUUGACGAACCUGUGUCAACAAGAGCAAGAGGAAGCCACAAAGGGAAACCAUCGUCGUAUGUCGAAGCUCCUCAAGGAGCAAAUCCAAAGUCUCCAAGAGAUGUACGGCUACAAGGCACAUACCAAUGCAGAGUAUGAAGAGAAGACUGAAGAGAUCCGAAAGCAAAUGGCAGAGCGUGAUGUGGUGGUCACGAGGGCACGCCAUGGGGUGUGCAAAAUGAUGCAAAAUGGACAUCAACGCAUUUAGACACAAACAUGCUAAGACUAACAAAUGAAGACACUCUCCGGGAUGAUGCGCAACAAACAUAUUGCUUGGCGUCCAGUGCAAUCCUGGUUCCACUCAGGCAAAAGCCAUCGUAGACCUGACAUGGCCGUCUUUGACAGACAUCCUUGCAAAAGCAAGAUCUUUAAGAUUCCCCAAGAAUCUCCAAGAGUAUUUUCUUACUUGUAUCAAGUUCCUGCCUGUUUUGUUGACUGGCAUGUUUGGGAAACUAAUCCUCACCUGUUCAAAAUAAUUGCGAUUGCAAUUUUUGUCCUUUGCGCUUAGAUCACACAUUUGGAGAUGUGACGUGCAAGCAGCAUGUAUCGUGGCAGGAGGAGUUCAACCAGUGGCUUUCAAGUGAAAAGGAGCUCAUCUCGCGACUGGACGAGUCUGAGAUUGACAUGAGUUGCAAGAGCGACCUUUUCGACGUCCUGGAUGCUGACCUAAGCGGCGAGCUAGAGUUCGAAGAGAUGGUUGAUGGACUGUUGAAAUGUCGGGGUCCUGUGUCAAAGACGGAUAUCAUUGCAAUUCGGCUAAAGUGCUCUUUGCUUAUCCGCAUGAUGAACGCCGUGUGUGAGAAGUUGGGAAUUGAUCCGUAAGAUACCUUUGGUACAACACCAGAGGAGAACGCUGACCCAACAUGUGUAUACUGGUUUGUUUGCAUGCCUUCACUUUCCUACAGACGUCGCGAGAAGAAUCUGUGAAGCAUGAUUCCUCAGCUCUUUGUGUUUGAUCCCGCAGUUAAACUCUUGGGAUCUUACAGUCCGGCGGACUCGAAGAAUCUGAGCACCUGGAAAUCAUGUUCAAUGACCCG